UAGCGCUGUGUGUCUGACAAGAGCCCUGCAGAAUGUAAACGGACAACGGUGCGUACUGCGUAGGAGCUCGCAGACAGUGAAUUGAGGCGUGGAUGUUGUGAUUGUGGGAAAGGCUUGCGGCUUACAGACAUUAUUACAAGCUGUGUUAAGUGUGUAAAUACGUUCAAUCAUGAAUUCAUAUGAUGAACAGUUUCAAAACCAAUACGGUUACAACGUGGGUGACGUAAAUUUCGAAGUGCAAGAUCAGCUCCAGUUCCAAACAUUCCCAGAGAGUUAUGACAGCGGUGAACGCAACGAUGCAGCCGCGAAAGAUAUGUACUUCGACCCCACAGCAUCUCAAAAUUUUUACAGUCAAGAAUCGUAUACUGGGCAGAGAUUUCAGAAAUCUUGGAACAACGCCGAAGAUGAAGAAGAACCGCCUUUGCUGGAAGAACUUGGUAUUGACCCUACUCGUAUAAUGGAAAAAACAGUGGCUGCAUUGAACCCAUUUCAUCGUUAUGGACCUACGGAUGAUGCUGCCUUUUUGCUACAGGAUCCUGACCUGGCUGGGCCACUAGCAUUUUGUAUUAUAAUGGCAGUUUCGCUUCUCGUCACUGGCGGAAAAGCUCAUUUUGGAUACAUUUAUGGCAUAGCAGUGUCGAGUUGCAUCUUGAUGUACUGCUUAUUGAACCUAAUGGCAGCCAAAACAAAUAUACCAUUUCCAUUUGUAGCUUCAGUACUGGGAUAUUGCUUACUUCCAGUACUAACGAUACCAUUCAUUGGUUUAUUUGGAAACACUGUUGGUAUUUUAAUAGCUACAUUGGCAGUUAUAUACAGUAGUCUAUCAGCAUCACGUUUGUUCGUUACUAUACUUGGAGACCAGGAUCAGAGAGCCUUAAUUGCUUAUCCCUGUGCACUCGUUUAUGGUGCUUUUGCACUUAUAAUAAUUUUUUAGGUGUUGUGUGCAACAUUGACAUGUGAGUAUUGAGUAAUGAGAGUCUGUGCAAAAUGUUUCAAUAAUAUGUACUAAACUCAUAAUAAAAUUUCUAAUAUUCUUCCUUA